CGGUGCCGUCCGCCGGCCAGCGGAGCGGAGCGGAGCCCGGCCAUGGGCACGGAGCCCCGGCGGCCCACGGCCAGGAGAUGAAUUAAAAUGCAGCACACCACGUGCACAGAGGACAGGAUCUACCAUGCACUGGAAAGAUGUCUACACGGGCUUAGCAGAGAUGCUGUCUCCAGCAGAUGGGCUGCUGGGCUGUGCCUGAACUGCUGGAGCUUACAGGAGCUGGUGAGCCGAGAUGCUGGCAACUACCUCAUCCUUGUGGAGAAGAUCCUUGGCAAAGCCAAAGAGGUACAGGAGAAGUGCGACUACGAUCUCGUCACGCCUCUAGCUCUGCUCUUCUACUAUGCCGUCCUGUAUGCUCCCCACUUCCCUCCAGGCUCUGACUUGCUCCUGAAGGCUGCCAGUGUGUACCACAGCUUCCUGACCUGGCCCGUGCCCUACUGCCACAUCUUCCAUGAGCUGCUCACCUUCAUCAGCAACGAGAUGAGGGCCCCUGGGAUCUCCUUCCAGAGGCUGGUGAGGACUGAGCAGGGGCUGCCUCUGAAGAACUACCAGAGCUCCACAGUGACGGUGCUGCUGUUGAACCACUCCGAGAUACAGAGUGAGUUCCUGUCCAUUGCUGAGAAGCUGAGUUCCAGCAAGCACCCUCAGCACACCACCCUCAUUGUGCUCCUUGAGCACCUCUACCAGGCCAACUUUGGCACUCUCUGCAACCUGGACAGCCUACACCACCUCCUGAAGUCCAAGACACUGGAAGAGCUCUUGGAGAUGUACAGCAGAGCCACUGAUGCUCAGGAGCUUGCAGCCUCCAGCAGUGACCCCGUCCUGGCCCGGGAGCGGCUGCAGUCGGUGCUGCGGGACAUGGCUGGCGCCGCGGCCUUUCCUGCCAACACGGGUGAGGCUCAGCCGCAGAAGCUCCAGCCCAUCCCCAUCCCUACUGCUCGCUGCUACACCUACAGCUGGGAUCAGGAUAACUUUGAUAUCCUCAAUGAUGUCCUCAGCAAAGAGUGCAAUGUUGUUGAGCCCGUGGCUUCAGAGAACGAAGAGGAGGACGAAGAAGAAGAGGAGGAGGAGGAGGUGGAAGCUGAUGGCUGUUCUCCCGAGCGGGACUCGCUGCUUUCCCCCAUCUGCCCCAUUUCCAAAGGCUCUGUGUACUCGGCGCUGUCAGAGGAGGGACCGAGGCCCUCACGAGUGUCCCUCUUUGCCACCUCCAAGGACUCCAUCUCAGAGCUGACAGUGGCCUCCAGAAAGUCCCUGAAGUCCUUUGUGUCCAGCCUGAAGGACUGCAUGGACAGCGGCUACGUGGAGGACAGCGACGAGAGCUCCCUGGACACAGUGGGCCGGCCGGAGCUGAAGGUAGAGAAACCCCUCCCCAGACACAGACACACUCUGACCAACAAGAUCUACAAACUGUUCAAGAGCAAAAGCCAGCUGGUGUUGAGGAGUUCGCUGAAGGAUCAGGCCGGCACGGGCUCGCUGCGCCGUGCCGAGAGCCUGUGCAGCCCGCAGGCCAGGCCCCGCGUGCCGGCGCGCUCCCGCCGCGCUCACUCGCUGCCACAGCACGUGCUGGGCCGCCGGCUCCCGGCCCCGCCGCCCCUCAGCCUGCCCCGCCGGCCCUUCCUCAGCCACGGCGAGGAUGCCAAAGCGUCCACGCUGCGGGUCGUGGUCUUCGGCUCCGACCGCAUCUCGGGGAAAGUGGCUCGAGCCUACAGCAACCUGAGGCUCAAGGAGAGCACCUGCCCCUUGCUGACCAGGUACUUCAAGCUGCAGUUUUACUAUGUCCCUGUGAAGAGGAGCUGCUCGGCUCCCUUGGCCCCGCUGGUGUAUCCCUCCCAAGCCCCGGGGGACGCCCAGCUCCGGGCCGCGGCGCAGCCGGAUCCUGCCUUGGCUGGGAUGGAGAGCAGCACCAAUGACAUCUCCCACUACAUCGGCAUGUUGGAUCCGUGGUACGAACGCAACGUUCUCAGGCUGAUGAACCUGCCCAUGGAUGUCCUGUGUCAGUCUGCCAAGCCAGAGGCUGAGCCCCAGGAGGAGGCCCAGGAGCAGCUGCCCAUCCUGGCAGACAUGAUCCUCUACUACUGCCGCUUCGCCACACUCCCCGUCCUGCUGCAGCUCUACCAGACAGAGCUCACCUUCAUUGGAGGGGAAAAGAUGACCGAGGUCUUCAUCCAUUCCCUGGAGCUGGGCCACUCAGCAGCCACACGAGCCAUCAAGGCCUCAGGUCCAGGCAGCAAAAGGCUGGGCAUAGAUGGAGACAGAGAAGCAAUCCCACUAACACUACAGAUUGCCUACAGCAAGACAGCUGUCAGUGGAAGAAGUCACUGGAAUGAUGUGGAGAAGGUCUGCACAUCUGUCAACCUCAGCAAAGCCUGCAAGAAGUAUGAAGAACUGGCCUCAAAGACAGAGUGUCUCAACUUAACCAUGACAGAGGUGGUCAAAAGGCAAAACUCCAAAUCCAAAAAAAGCUUCAACCAGCAGAUCAGUGUGUCCCAGAUAAAAGUGGACAAGGUCCAGAUUAUUGGUGUCCAGUCCUCCUUCGCCGUGUGCUUGGACCAGGAUGAGCAGAAGAUCCUGCAGAGUGUAACCAGGUGUGAGAUCUCAGUGUGCUACAAACCCCGGGACAGUGAUCUCUUUGCACUGAGAAGUUCCUCUUUGCCUCCUCAGGACCCCUCUGAGUUUCAUUCUAUCCUGUGUUUACCCAUUGCCACUUUCAGUGGAGCACUGCCAUAGUGUUCUCUCAGAACAGGCUCCUAUCCAACACCAAGACAGGCUCAAGAAAACAAAGGUGACUGUGCCCUUUGGGCUGGAGACCCAUCUCUUCUUGUCCAAGAUGUCCUGCUGCUGAAGCAUUACUGUGGUGGCUGAGCAGCUCUUGGCCUGGGCUUAGCCCACCCUUGGGAAAUGGCAACAUUAGUGUUGUGCUCUGGUAUCUCUCAGGGUUCCUCAGUAAUGGGGGAAAGUGUUUUCCUUGAGAUCUCCACCUGGUUCAGCAGACUGCCAGCACCUGGGCUGACAGAGCAAGGCAAGGACAGGGAUACUUUCCUGCCAGCAGAUAGUGCUGGGGCUGUAUUUGACAGUGACUGCAGGGACAGUGUCAUCUGGGGUGAGCUUGUGGGGGGACAGUUAGGGAAAUUAAUGUCCUUGGUUGAAUGGUGGGAUGUGGCCUUCAAUGCACAUGGAGCUGCAGGUCACUCAACCAAUGCCCUGAGGGGAUUUAACCCUUAACAGGUGAUGCUCAGGACAGUUCUUUAGGGAUGGGGAGAGGCUUUCUCAAGCUUUCUGGUAAAUUAUGAAGGUUGGGUGUCUCACAGAGGAGCAGCACAGAGCAGAGCAACCCAGCUGAGGCCCAGGGAGACCCCAGCACAGGCUGUAGACUGCUGCUUGUGUUCCCAGGAGUUGAAUGCAAUAGGCCAUAUCAGGGCAUGGGCAGCUUGUCACAGAUUGACUGUAAACCCAGGACCUGCAGGACAUGAGCUUCCAGUUUCUGCAGCACCUCAUGAGUUCACCCAGGAGAUUUGCUCCCUGCUCAGCCCAUCUUCUUGUGUCCUGUGCACUAGAAACAUCCCAGAGGCUGAAUCCUCAGUAGUUGCUGGAAAUAUGGAACCAUGCAGGAACCAUGCUCAGGCUCAGACAAGGGAGGGAAGUCCUGGGGAAGCCACUGGGAUUGCCUGAAGCUCAUCUCAAGAGGCAGAUCUGCUGGAGGAGGCCUCAGCAGCAAAAACACUAGUGACAUUUACAAGCAAUGACAGGAUUUGAGAUUUCCCCUCCCCUGCAAAAAGGCUUUCCACCCUCUUCCUUCUCUCUGCAAGGCUGUAGGUACAGAAAGGUGCAAUAUUUGGGGGUAUUUAGAGGUACUCUGACCUGAUGAGGAAUACAAUGAGACUGGAAAAGCCUUGCCUGGUUUCAUGGCCCUCAAGCUGUUUCUCAGUAGUUUUUGGUGAUUGCACUAAUAACAGCAGGCAGAAGAGAGUGCUGCCUGCUGCAGGCUUAAAGGAUCUUCAUGCUGAGGAUGUGUGCUCCCUGGAAGCAUCUGGAAGGGAUUCCUGAUACUGCUAGGAGGCUGUAGGGCUCAGCCACAGUGUGAUCAGUUCAUUGUGGGUCCCUUGGUCCUCCAGAAAAUAGGACCUGCUCAGCUCUGAGCACUGGUUAGAACAAGGCUGGGCUCUGUCCCCAAGGGCCAGUGGGGCAGCAGCAGUGACCUUUGAGGUUAAACUGGCCAGGAAAAGGGAGAGAGUCCCUGGGGGCUUCAGCUGCCUUGGGGGAGUGUGGGUCAGGUCUGAUGGAUUCCUCCACAUCCCCCUGGAAGUGUUUGGGGGAUCCCUCCUGUGCCAUGGACUCCAGUGCUGGCCUCACUGGCUGCUGGCUGCUCUCUGUUCCCACUGCCUCUGUUGUUUGGACACAGCUUAGUUCCAGGCCCAGGGGUGAGCAUCUUGGCUCAAGAAGGUGCUGCCUCUUUGGUGUCCUUGGCAGCUCUGGAUGCACCUUCUGCCAGUGGACAGAGAUGAGCAAAAACGAGACAGGAACAUCCUUCUGAGACCUCUCUGCUUCAUCCUUCUACUUGAAUAAACCACACCAAGGAUGGUGUUGCCAUGUGGCCUCCAAGUCCCUCAUGCUGGGCAAAGCAUCACUUAAACAUAAGCAAGUGCUCUGGCUCUACCACGAUGCAAAGCCAGCUUGGAUUCCCAGCAAGGACCCACCUUCCCUGGCUGCUCCCUGACUCCAGGAGCACCCUUCUUUUCCAACGUGCAUGAAGCAGAGUCUGUCCCUUGCUGGCAGCUCAGACUUGGUAGAGACACCAGGAUUCUGGAGGUGGUGGUGGGCUGCCUCCUGUCACAGAGCCUGUGGGGCAAUAUGGGAGCACACACCAAGGUCACCGCUGCACAUCAGUAUUUCAAGUCCAAUAGGCUCAAGGGAUCAGAAGGAGAUUUUAAGAGCUUUUCCUGUGCACUUGGAAGAACUUCUGCCAGUGGACAGAACUUUUCAUUCUGACUUUUCACACUGGCUUUUCAUUCCCUGAGCAGGUUUGUGUGCCUCUUCUCGAACGGAUCCAAAACGUGACGGCUGUUAUUUCUGUUUGAUACUUUAAAAUAGCACCUUAUCCUGUCAAAACAUUGCUGUUUGGCAUCCUGGCUAAAUAUAUCCCUGCCACUGUUAGUGACAGACACCUCUCUGGUUUCAGCUGGCCUUACAGAAAUACUAGAGAAGAGAUUCCAUCUCACAGAGCAAAACAAGCACAAACUCUAGGGGCUCCUCAUCCUGGCUACGGUUUUGACCUGAUGGAAAAAGAAGCCUGAGGUUCUUUCAGGUCAUCUUGUACAUAUGUGCAGCCUCACCCAAUGGUGCCAUGUCUUGUGCUGAUCUGUAAAAUACCGUUCAAAGAACUUUUAAAGUAAUUGUAAGAUAUUAAAUGUUGAUUUAUUUCAAGGAAAAA